UAAAAACCACCGGUGACGUGCGCGCAGGGAAGCACCCAGCAGUAUGUGCGCGCCCACGGGAGGGGCCGACAGAAAAUGGCGAGUCUGUGCAAAAGGCAGCAAUGCACGGUAGAGAGGCGCGGCUUUCGGCAGGAACUUGACUCUUGGAGGCACAAACUCAUUCACUGUGUAGGCUUUGAAAGCAUCUUGGAAGGCUUGUUUGGGCCGGGACUAGUCAACGAAAUCACUCUUUUCCAAGACUGCGAGCCGGAGGAAGUGUCGGACUGGUCCUUCGAUGACAACUGUCUCUUCUGCUGCUUAAGACGCGAGAAAGUCAAGGAGCACAGCGCAGAGAAAGGUGGAGGCAGCCAGGUGCUGUCGGAGCCGUCUCGGAUCAGCCGGCUGGAGAGACAGGCCCACGACUUCCUCAAUGCUGUGUUACACAGAAAAGACCUCCCAAGUUUCUCAGAACCUCACAUUCCUCUAGUGGCUCGUGAGAUCAUGCAGCGAAUGAUCCGCCAGUUCGCUGCCGAAUAUACCUCAAAAACUACUCAGGACGACUCUCCUCCCCUGCCCAACGGCACCAUGAAGGACCAAAGCCUGCCGAGAGCGGCGCCUCUGAUCGCGCCCGGCUCCCCUCCAUCUUCUGCCUCCUCCUCUUCCUCCUCUCCUUCCCCCACCCCGGGACCUGGUUUCAGCCCAAACUCCGCCGCUGCUGCCGCCUCAGCACCGACAUGCAUCCAGAGCAGCAACGGCACGGGGACCAGUAACGGGUCAGGAGGAGGGGGGACGGCUGCUGCCUCUGCACAGAACCCCGUCCUCAGCAAGCUUCUCAUGGCCGACCAGGACGGCCCGCUCGACCUUUCCGUCAAAAAGAACGAGGAUGAGGAACCGGAACCGAGCCAGCCGGACGGCGUCCUGGACCUCUCCACCAAAAAGAGCCUCAGCGCAGGCAACCUCAAAACCUUCCCCGGCUUCUCCCCUGAGCCCGGGGUCAAAGGACGUUCCAUUAAAGCGGAACACACCCUGCCAGAGGUGGAUGAGGACGGUUUGCUGCAGAGAAGCUUGCAGGACGGACUGAGGGAGAACUACGCCAACUCCACCUCCUUCAAGCCGCCAUUGGCCCGCUCGCUGCGUAUCAAGGAAGAGCUCCUCAGCCAGAAGCACCGCCUCCUGAGCCAGCCUGCUGCUCUCUCAUUGGCUAAUCUAGAGUCAGCAGGCUUGCUCAAUCAUGCGCAGUCCCUCGCCUUGCUUGGCCAGAAGGGCUCUUCCUCUUUCUGGGGAAGCAAGGCCCACCUCGAAAGCCUGAUGAAGCUGAAGCAGGCCAGUGGAGCUUUGAACGGGGCCCUCAGCGACCUCAAAGACCUGCCUACAUUCCUGGAGAAUCACCACAACCACCACGGAGCCUUCUCCUACAAAAGUUCCCACCACCACAAUCAUGUCUCCAAAGCCCAACACUACCACAACGAGGGGAAGAGGGACCAGGGCCACUCGCCUCCUGUCGACCUAAAGAUCCCACAAGUUCGGGGCAUGGAUCUCUCCUGGGACCCCCAUGGCAAUGAGCUGUACGGAUAUGGCGCCAUGGGGAUUGGGGGAGGAUGCCAUGGUGAAAACAGCCUAAACCGGAAGCUGAGAGCCAUCCUACCCAAGCAGAACCGCCGGGGAGGAAGUCUUGGAAGCCUCCUGGAUGGCGCUGCCGACUACUGGAGCUCCGACUUGGACCACUCCAGUUCUGGGCCAGCGUACUCCACCUCUGACGCAGAAGGGGACCCCAACUCCAAGCAGCCGAGGAAGAAGAGGGGCCGUUAUCGCCAGUACAACACAGACAUCCUGGAGGAGGCCAUAACCCAAGUGAUGACCGGGAAGAUGAGUGUGUCCAAGGCUCAGAACAUGUACGGGAUCCCGCACAGCACCCUGGAGUACAAGGUGAAGGAGCGCCUGGGAACCUUGAAGAACCCCCCAAAGAAGAAGCUCAAGCUGAUGAUGAAGAUGGAAGCAGGAGGCCUGGAUUUUCCUCUUGGAGAGUCGGAGAACAGGCUCAACGCAACACCGCGAGACGACGGGCCGCCGCUGGCUGCUGCUGAGCUCCAGGACAAUGUAAAAGAAGAGAUUGAAGACAAUUUCAAACCAAUCGACUAAACGACAUACACAUGUAAACCUCAGUCAAAUGACAAAAGUAAUUUGAAAAUGGAUGGGGCUUUUAUUUGUGCCAACUUACUUUGCAGUAUCUGGGUGAGCACAAACGCAGGGAUAAUAUGAGGAGGAUUCUUAAAAACAAACUUGAGAUAAACAACUAAUCGGAUGGUUUUUAACACGCGUUGUUUAAGCAAUGCUGUGUUAGCAUUUGUUUAGCUUUUAUAUCCAGGGGCUUAACAAAUGCAGCUAAAUACAUAAAUCAAAUGACAAUUAAUGACAUUUCCAUAAGCAUGCUGAUAAUCCCCAGCCCAAAAACCCUUCCCCCUUUUUUCUGAACUUGAUAGACUGAACCAAUGCUGCUUAAAAGUGCAGUUUGGGCUUUGGAACAUUCCCAAUUGGGGAAAAUAAUGAGGGGAAGGUUGAAAAUUAACUCCAUGGACAAAUAAGUCCCUUUAUUGCUCCCCUCUCUUAUGGAGUACUAUCUGAAAUUGGUAAGUGAACAGUCUAUUACAUUUGAAGCCAACUGUAACGUUUAAUCAUACCAUUGAUAUUCCUCGCCAGGGUUGUGAAUCAAAACCCAUCCUCUUAUUGCCAGGUAGCCAUGACGCUUUAACUGCAAACCUUUUCUUUUCUCCAUAAGAUAUUCUGCUAAUCUCUGUGCGGACGAAAGCAACAUUAACCCGUCCUUUUUGAAUGAGAAAAGACACAAAAGUCAUUCAGGGAUGCAUGUUUGUGAGUUUCGUGGACACUACUGACUUCUAUAAUCAACUUGUUUCCUUUAUCUAUAUCUAUUAAUUUGUUUUGCUUUCUUUUGCACUACACUUUUGGUCUGGCGCUUACAGACCAGGUUACCUCGGCAUUGUUGCCCUCGCAUCAUGCACUUAUUUUGGUCUGUCUCCGAAGCCCAGUCGCAACCUCAUAAUGGGUCAGUGGUGCACAUCGCCUGCGUACGCUGAUCCAUAAUCAGAUCCCAGGGAGCUCGAAAACCCUCUUUUUUUUUGCCAAGAGACAAGUUGAGGGGUAAACUGAUUAUGGAUCAGCCUUUUUAAGGCGGAUUGCUACCUCAUGAACCUCCAUCAGUGUCUCACUGCUGAUCCUGGAACGCUGGAGCCGCCUUCAGGUUUCCCUCCAAACGGUGACCGAAGGGAGCUCACCCCUUGCAUGGAGAUCUUUAUUGGAUGAAGGCCUUUUAGGAUCAGAAUGUGAAACCCUGCUGCUAUCAACGUGAUUAUCUAGCUCCUAUACAAGGCUUUAGCCAGUCUAAGCUACUGAGUUUUAGCUAGUCUUAGCAAACAACAAUACAUUGCUGAUGUUUUUUUCCCUUUUCUAUUCAAACUGCUUAGCUGAUGAGUUUUAAACGUUUAUUUCCCUCAAACCUCAGACAGUUUUAACGGCAGUUAACUACAACAAUGUGCAUUUAUCGAGGGGUGUUUAGGGAUGAGGGGUGGGCAAUAUGCAGUGGGGAGGGGUAGUUAAUAGAAGCCAGGGAAAGGAAGAUUUAAUAUAUUAUAAAUUAUUAUGACUGAUGAUGUUAAAGCCAAUCCGUGAUUUAUUUUCUCCUCAUUUUAACUCAGGGUAACUGAGACAGAUAAUGUGGGUUUCAAAUGUGGUCAUUUCCUGUUGGACCUAUAGCUGACAAACAGGAGGACAAGACACGCCUCUCACUAAUGCUUUGUCUUGUGGGAGGGGCCAUGUGAUUAAAUAUGGCAGAGCCAUAGCAGAUAGACCUGCAAAUGAAUCAUGACAAAGAACAGAAAACUGAUGUUGGGUUUUGGGGAGCGAAAUUUCUAGCGGUAAACUUCUAAAAUAGCACUUUUCAAAAGUAAGCGAACUCAAGAGAGAAAGAAAGCUGUUUGAGGUUAUGCACGUAGUGUAGCUCUUCUCUGGGGGAUAUAGGGCCGGGAGCGAUCAGAGGGCAGAGAGAUGGAAGAAAAAAGCUUUAGUGUGAAGACUUUCAGAAAGCUGCAGCUUGGACCCAAACUUCUCUUUAGUUUUCCUCUCGAUUACCUCCAUGAUUUAAAAAAAAAAAAAAGGAUAAAAAAAUGGUCGACAGCUUGAAGAAGUUGAGUUUUGUGUAGUGUCGUCUUGUUGUUUUCCCUCCUCGCCGCUGAAGCACCAGGGAUAGAAAAACUAUCAUCACAUGUUCCAGGUGGGGAUUCUGACAAAAGCUUUCUGGUCGUGUGUCUGUGCUCUGUGGUAAAUGUUGCUCUCCUAAACACUGCCUGGUGCUCACCCAGUCUGUGAGAUCUUUAACAUGAGAAUUGUACCUCUGUUCAGAUGAAAUGGUAAUUCACUCCUUUUCAAAUGUAUUGUAUAUUUUAUUUAUUUUAUUUGCUUUUUUUCUUUGAUUAUUUUCUUAAAAAAUGGCAUGCACCACUCUGUUGGGGCUGAUUUUGGGUUAGGGUCAAUUUGAUAUAUUAUGAGAGGAUUUCAACACCAUUAAUCUUAAACUUUUUCUAAGUUAUGAAUGAAUCACAAUCUAAUUAGAAUUAGAAAAAUGUACUACCUGUUUCAUACAAUCUGAAUAUACCCUCUGUGGUUAUUGGUUAUCCACAAGUUGAUUUUAAAUCUUUGUAGUUCCCUUGGCUUGAUUGGCAGGUAUUUAUGGCCAAUGGGAAAAGCUUUAGGAAAGACCCCUGAAACAACAUUUCCAGGGGAUGUUAUGCAUGAAAUGCAUCCAACACUUUGCCAAUGCUGAGCAUUGGAAGUGUCUAAAAGGUUGUGAGCGUUGAGUUAGACCCAGCGAAGGACAAUGCACUGAACUCAUAGUUAAAACAGGAUUGAAUCCCCAGUGCCGAAAGUAAAGCACUUGUUUUGAACACACCUCUGAAAAAAUGCAGAGGAGCUGCUUAGCCAGCUGUGAAUGCAGUCUGACAACGUACAGUAUGUCCCGCCCUCUAAAAAACUAAAACCCAGAACAAAUGCCUCAUGUAAUGCAUGCAAAGCAACAUUACAUGUGUGUGUAGAAAUAGUGUAAUUGGCAUCGAUGCACAGGUUUGUGAUGAAUAAACUCCAACAGCACUUAAACCGAAUUCCCCUGAGAGGGGCGAUUGCUCAAAAGCCAAACUAUCUCUGUGUAUAAUUUACAUACAUUUUAUAUUUAAAAAUAAAUCUCUCUCUCUCCCCUUGAAGACAUUUUUGACCCUAAAUGUACAUUCGGCACUUGCUUUAAAUUUGCUAAUACUUUUUGAAAAUUCAGGUAAUUUCAAAAGUCCAAUUUCAGCCUCCUCUGAUCUACUGAGCUGCAUGCCAUUUAAGGUGUAUUCAGCCUCCUCUGAUCUACUGAGCUGCACGCCAUUUAAGGUGUAUUUAUUUCAAUUCAUUUUGUUUCUUGGUUUGGUUUUUAAAUAUUGUUUAUAGUCAUGUGGUUAACGGCUCCCCCUGUCCGAAAAAGUCCUCCUUCUUGCAACUGAGUCUCACUGCUGUUUCAAAGAAACCUCAUACUAUAUUAUAUACUUAAGAGAACAGUAUAUAUCUUUAUAUAUACAUAUAUAUUAACAAAUACACACAAAAUGAAUGUAGUGAACAGAAAUGAAUAUCUCAAACUUAAAAAAACAGAACUGUCAUCUGCAUAAAAGAUGGCACCGUCAGUUUUAUUUUCAACCGACUGUUGUUUUUAUUAUUUUGCUUUUAGUUUCACGUCACGCUGCUUGCAUUGAAAACGCAGUCGUUUCCUGCUCUGCGUGUGACAGUAGCCUUCAGUACUGUAAAUGUCUCAGGAUCGAGCCAAUGGGAUGGGCAGCAAUAUUCGUCAGUCGGAAAAUGGCGCAGACUUAACUACCUGUACUCAAUGUAAUUUAUAGACAUGUAUACAUAAACUAUGUGUCGACUUGGUCAGCAGAGUCCAAGUGCUAUACCUCAAUCUCAAAAUAAUGACUCCUUUCUGUGCCUCGUACUUUUAUGUAUACCUUACCUGGGAGCCUGGCGAAGGGAUAGCUGAUACUCUGGGAAAUGUAGUAUCCUCAGCUGUUUCUUUUCUUAUCUGUUCAUUUUUCUUUUCUUUGUCUCGCCUCCCUCUUGCUAAGGGAGGAGGGAGACGCUUCAAGUGUCUGACUGACCAAUAUUUGCCACCCUACCUCUUUUCAGGUAUUUUUUCGCAACAACAAAACCUUAUAGAAAGUAUAUAAUGAGUACAUUAAUACCUUACAGGAACUAAACAGCUAUUCAUGUUUGAGUCACUGGAUGGGCUUGGUAUGGGAGGGCUGAAAACCUCUUAUUUCUUCCUCCAAAAAGUCCAAACAUUUUGGGAUUCAGUCGUCUGGUUUCACCCUGGAGGCGAUAAGUCAGGUCGGUCCCACCCUGGCCUGAGAAAGAACACGGUGUUUUUGUUCACUGAGGCUCUUUUUCUUUUCUUUUCUGGUUUAUUGUAUGUUAUUUUGGUGUAACGUAUACCUCCAGGUUGAAACUUGACAGGGGAGAAAUCAGAGACCUGGAGGGGAGAUUGGGGGACAGGUGGACAAGUUAACCUUCUUUUAUCUGCUGUCUUGUAAAAGAAAAAUAUAUCCAAAAUCUUUUACAUUGCAUUCCAAAAAAACACCACACAAGAAAAUGUACCUUUAUAUGUUGAAAAAAGCUAUAUACUUAUGAAUGCAUAGGUAUUUAUUUUACUGUUUUUGCAUCUUCAGGUAAACCAAUCGAUUCCUCUUUUGCUUAUAGGUUGGUUUUUUUAUUUGGUUUUUUAUUUGAAAGACUGUCAAAAGUGAUAUAAGAAGAAAAAAUGUCAAACAGCAACUACUGUAACCUCACUUAGUAGACGCCACAUGACGUGCCAUUUUGUUUCAGGAUGGUGUGUGAUGUGGUGCUACCGGGAAAAAAGACCUAUAAUGUAUAUGAUUGCCAUGUUCCUCUCCGCAGAGAGGCUUCUUCUGUUUCUUUUUCUGUCACGCUGCAUAUCUGGUUGUCAUUUAAACCUCAGGUCCAACCACUUCAAAGCAGCUGAUUGUACAUUCAAAAACACACACACACAAAUACACACACAAAUACACACACACAAAGAAGAAUCAGGAUUUUUAGUACGGCUCGUUUCCAGAUUUUUUGAUGUAACUGACGGAAGCAGAUUUUGAAUAAUUGUUGUUUCUUGUCGUUGUUCGUACUGUUGUUAUUCUGAUGGCAUCUUAUUUUAAUUUUCUUAGAUAAAAACAAAAAAGACAACUUCUUUAAAAGCCAGAAUCCAGGUUUCUUUAAUACAACGCUGUACUCUCUCUAGCACAUACAGCCAUGGAAGAUCAGAACGCACACAUAGAGACAUGACGCGCCUACAGCAACACACACUCUCUCAUCAUCAGGUAGCCGCACUUUGUGUGGGCGGGUUAUAUGUAUAAUUAUGAAGCUGGGAGUCUGCCGCUUCUCUUUUAGAAGCAGGUGGGUGUGUUUUGUCCACAACCUGCAGAACAUCAGCCCCGCUGGCUGAUUUUGAUCUGGCAAACUGGGACAUUGUCUCUGUGAAAAAGUCUUUGUUUGUUUCGUUGCUUUCAAGAAAGAUUGCUUUUCUUCAUCUCUUUUUUUUUAACCUACCUUCCAUUCUUUCCUUCAGUUGUUCUGCUCUAUGUGACCGGCCUCUGAUGAUGUGAGCAUCGCUGCGGUUAUCUCCUUUUGCCUCAUCUAUUUCUUGUACUGCUGUGAGUGACAUACAGACAGGUGUAGAUUUGUCAGGCUGCUAAAAUCAUAACAUUUGACUUAAAUUAUACCCUAACUACCAUUUGGUAACCAUGCAGGAAACUGAAUUUGGAAAAUACGAUCUAUCUAACUUUGAGAUAAUAAUCAGCCCAUCUCCUGACAGGUACAAUUCACCUUGUGUGUCAUUCAGUAAGCCAUGCUGUUGUCGUCAACCCCCCCCCACCCCUUCCCCCGACAUUUGUCAAAGCGGCACUAACAGAUCUGUUAAAACUCGCAUCUCCUUUGUCGCGGAGUGUGAUGCCAAGUGCUGUAAAUGUCAAAGCAUUUGUGAUGAGGUGACAGGCAGCCGCUCAGUAGCAGACAGGCUUUGAAAGCGGUACUGAGUAGGAAUCUUAAAGGCCAGACACGCCUCUAGAAUGAUGCUCAUCUGCAACAAUCAACACAACAGACACCUUCACCCCCGUCCGCUACAAUGUACUUAAGAGGACAUUAGGAGAAAAUGCAAACUCUGAAGCCAGAGAGUAAAGUUGAUCACUUUCAAAGGUGAUGGUCAGAGCCUUGCUGUAAUGUUGGCACUCAGUUAAAGUAAGAACACAAUAACUUUCUGAAAACCGUGUACUAAAAAAAAAGUCAAUGCAUUUACAUUUUGAUGAUAUUGUUAUGGGGCUGAAUGCUUCUUAGUGCGCUCUUCAAUUGCUAACCACAGCCUGGCUCCCUACUUUACCAUUAUCAAGAGCUGGUGAUUUGUAAAUACUCAGCCGCGCUCAUUAAUCUUCUACAUGGACCACACUUGACUUGCAUACAAUCUGUAGGUGCCGCCAGGAAUAGGUGAUUAUAUAUUUGUUGUUGUUCAAUCAGUGGAAAUCAAGAGUGCCUUUUGAAGACUCUAAUCACAUUCUUAAAUCUAAUCGUUAAGAGUUGGCUUCUUAAUCACGUAUAAUCUAACCAACCGGGUGAAAUCACGGUGCGGUCGCUUCAAGAACAACAUUCUGCUGUCGAUGCAAAAAUGUCAAGUGAAAUUCAGGUCAAAUAUGCCCCCCUUAAAUUCCAAGCCCCCAACCCUGUGAUUAUGUUACAGUGUGAAAGGCUCACAGCAGACAUUUUCUCACACUGGCUGUUCUCGUCUCCGUCUCACCCCUCCGCCUCGGCAGAAAGCCUUACAGAUGGCAGUCAGUGAGACGUGGCAGUCUGAGGGGUGGAUGCGAGUGCAAGGAUAACAUCUAAGUGAAGUACAGCAGAAUAAAGGCCGCUGAAGGUCGCCAUCCCCACCCCCACGCUUCAGAUAAACAACAGGCUUUUAAUGGAACGACGCUGAAUUUCACCUCGAAAACUAACAUUACUCCAGUCUUUGAUUAAAAAGUGCCACGGUUGUUCUGAAACUCCGAGAGAAGGGACGAAUUGCCAGAUCUGAUGUGCAGGCUAGAUAAAUGACAUGACUGCUGAAAAGAAAUGUAGUCAAAAUGCUUUGCGAUGGAGUGCAUUGCAUGAGGUGCCCUUGUGUGUUGCCAUGACAAUCUUGCAGCAUUGUUCUCACGUGGAGGUGUGUCUGGCCCUUUAGAUCCACCUACAUGGACCAGCUGCUCUCUGAUGCUCUGAACUUAAAUCCUGCUCGGCAAACACUGAGGUCUCUCCAGCAUUCAAAAUCAAACAUGGAGGUUUUGGAUUGAGUUUGAAAGAAUUUAGUAACAGAUGCAGCCUUGUUGCAGGAAAUAUGCCAUUAUGUGUAGAUGCUGCUACUCCCUCUUCAGGCUUUUUGUCCAUCGCCUCUUUGUUUCAGAGGAAAUGCUAUUGACAGAAGACAUGUUCCUUCAAAAUACUACUCCAACAAGGACGAAAUAAUCCACUCAUGUACUCAUUCCCUUUGUCAUACUUCCACUAAGACAUUUCUCUCUCAUUUGUAAGAGUUUUAAGAACAUGCAUUUGUCCUUCUCCUUGCUUGUCUCUAAGAUGCUCUCUGUUGUUUCUGCUACCUCAGUCAGUCACGUGGGCUUGCCUGUAGAGAUCUUUUCAGGUGCAGACUGCUUCAAGAGUCUGUUGAUUUGAAAAACUAAAGUUUGCCAGUAAAGUACAAUUACAAACAUUGCACAGCUUUUCUAGGCGUUUCACAAAAGUCAGGUCGGCUGGUUCAGAAGGUUCUUGAUGAAAGUGAAAUGCCUUGAAGAGUGAGCUGGAUGAUUUCACUGGCGGUCGUCUGAUUGUUUGCCAACUAUAGCAAUCUCCAUCUUGUUAUUCCUCUCAGAAAGGUGUCAGAUCGUGAUUGUGUUGCCACUCAAAAGUGUAAUGUUUCUGGAGAUACAGCGUGAUUCUGCUGCACUGCCGUGUGCGCCCUGAUAGGGCCACACAUCUCGUUCCACAUCUCUUAAAUGUUGAUUUUAUUGUCACUUUCUUUGAUGAAAAGUCAUAAACUCCUUCCUACCUCUUCCCUUCACCUUCGCCCUUUAACUAUUUGUCAUCCUCUCAACAUCCUUGGGCAGUGGAGCGUGAGCACCUUGGGGCUGACAGGCCCUCGUUUAUCCCAGGAGAGAUGGGUUGUUCCUGGGCAGCCCCCGGUCCUUCACCUCACGUCAGGCCUUUCAUACACCUUGCUGCUGCCUCUUGGGAGUGUAUGCACGACCCAGAAGCUUCUUAUAACAAUAUUUUCACUCAUUUUGUCUUAUAACUUUUAUCUUUUCACAGAGGCUUUGCCACACUCUCCUCUGAUGAGGAGCUUGCAAAUUUAGUAUUUAAAAAACGGGGCUUAUGGUUCUUUCAGCAACAAGGGGGUCAUUGUCCUCUGCAAUAUUGAGAACUGUUUCUUGAAACAAACACGUAUUACAUGCAUACAGUAUGUUUGGCAGUCGGUUAAUAUUUCAGCCUUGGUGAACAUUUCAUGAACUCUCCCCAGUAGAGAUACUCAAUAUUUUAAAGGUUUUCCCGUUAAUGUUGUACGAUGUCUCUGAUCUCUUGUUUUGAUGUUGCAGGGUGACAGGGCUUGACUUUUAGUUUCUGUGUUUAAAAAUGAAAAAAAAACAAGAAAAAAAUGGGUUAAUGAGCGGGGUUGUGUUUUGCUGAAAUUGCCAGUGCAUUGCUGUGAUCCUCUUGUCGCUUCUUUUUGGAGUCUUUCGAGUUAUAACGUCUUGAACUUUGGUGUCUUUGACGACCAUGUACCUUCUCUGUUACCUAUCAGUUGUGAAAUCUACACUACAUGCAGAUCGCCACACCAGCCAGUGUAUUUAUAGACGAGCUGAGACCGGCUCUCGAUGAGCGGAUAUCAGAGUUCAGUUCUUAUCCAGGAGGUUUGGCCGUACAGACGAUUAAAUGUCAUGUGGAUGAUUCCCCACUGCCAAAACAGAAACUAUUCAGAAACGUAUGGAACACCUUAAACUCACCUGGCGGAGGUUGAUUCAUGAAAGCCAGGACAUCACUUCAAAAGGGGCUUUGAAAGCCUUUUUGUUAUUUUUGACUGAUUCUGUACAUAAUUUUCAGCCAGAUACUUUUUCAGUGCUUUAUAAAACAGCAAGGAUUGUAAAUAAGAUAACUGUUAGCAGGGGGGAGGGUGGGGGCUCAUGUGGAGCUCACCUAAUGGUCCACCCCGUUAGUCCUCUGGUGGUCUAACUUACAAGACUUAGACUGUUGCCUUCCCGAAUGUCACAUAUUGGAAAGCUGCUUGUGAUGAGCACUGACUGGAUCUGCGUUCGGGAAAGUAACCCUGAGUGUUUGUCGUUUCUUUCAGUCUUUGAUAAUAUUUUCCAUCUGGGUGUUUCUUGGUGUGCAAAAAUGUAAAGAAGAAAAAAAUGUUUUACAACGCAGAAUACCUCAGAAAAGAAAUCCAUGUAACCUCGACAACCUCCACAUAUUGUCCGAUCCUGACCAUCCUCACGUAUCUCCUGGGCACUUUCAUCUCCUGUCCUUUCUUCUGUCGCCACGCAGUGCGUAGUGCCCAGUGGAGGUUCCAUAGCUUUUUUAUACCGUUUCGGUUUGCCGACCUUGCGUUCCUCAUUUAAAGACGGAAAGGAGGUCGUUUUCAAGACUAUUUGAUGCAUUGCAAUUUCCGAACAUCUCAGAAAGAUCCACUGAAUUAUUUUAAUUGCAUCGAAACAAAAUAUCCUUCCGUCUUUUUGAUUUUUAAAAGUGGGUUUGCAGAAAUAUUGAAGGCCGACACGCGAAACACUUGAAACCACUCAGUCCCUACGCUGUACCUCUUAUCUACUCUUUAUCAUUGUUAAAAACUGAAUGUAAAAAAGGCAAACGCAACUAACCUCUAACUUAACUAUACAUAUUUAAGAAUAAGAAAUACUCUAUAUGUGCACAUAGAUAUACCUAUACAAGCCCAACACAGACACAAACACAAAUGCAUAUGUAAAUACAAAUCUCUAAUGUCAUAUACUUGUAUCUUGAAAAAGGGAGAGCCUUUUCCAUGAAUGAUUCAGGGAAACAAUACAGAAGUCCAGUGCAGUAUGUUAGGUCAAAUCACUCCCACUCUGUUGCUUCUAGUGUUCGUUUUCUUACUCUGUUCUUGCUUGUUAUUUCCCCAUGAUGUAGCAUAGGGCAUAGGGGCAGGGCGACUUUAUCUUUUUGGUGACAGAAGUAGUGGAAUUAGGAUCUAGUGUAGUUGUAGUCUUUUCAAGCCUGAUUCUGUGAAAAGGGUGGUGGGGGUGGGCGGGAGGUUUUUUUUCUAAAGCGGACACUGUACAAACAGUAUAUUUAUGAAGAUGACUUGGACGCGAGAGUCACAUUGGGGGGUUGAAGGGUUGUGAACUGUCUUCAGGAUGGUUGUAUAUAGAACUGCUUUACCCAUUAACCCUCGCCUGUCUUUUUCACAGGUGAGGUGGAACUGUAUAUUGAAGGCACUGAGGUGGAACGCGCUGUGUUUUUAUGUCUUGAAAAAUAAAGACUGUUUUAAAUGAAGGAAGGGUGAAACUGUUCAGGUUCCAUGCAGAACCCAACAGUCUCCCUCGAAAUCUGCUGGGAGCGACGGACGGUUUUUGUUAACGUUGACCCUCUCGAUAUUUUUGCAUGCUGGUGUACAUAACCCUGUAUCAGUCCUUUUGUUGGAAGAGGCUGGUUAAUCCAAAAGCGCUUUUUUGGAUGUCGUCUGCAGGACAGGUUCUGAUGUUUUGAAUAUGAAAUAUUGUCCCUAAGAAAAAAAAUCCCUUUCCUGAAAAGAAGGUGUUUGUUUGUCACUGCAACAGCUUUCGUAGUGGUUUUUGGCUAAAGCUCUUUUUCAAUCAUUGUUUUCCAUGUGUAAAGUAACUAAAAAAGUAUGUAUGAGUGUGAAUCUGUGUGGCUAUGUAAGAUUUUCCUCAGUUUUCUUCAACCAUAUUGUAGCCUCAGAGCUGUUUUUUUAGGAACAUUAAUCUACCUGUGCUCUUAUGGUAUCUCAAUGGAACAGUUAAAAUAAUAGCAUUUUUUUUCACGUAAUCUGGCUGUCUGUAGGAAAAGACGUCUCUCUGGGCGCCGUACAGCCACAAAUGACAUUACCCACACACCCUCAGGGACCCUCAACAAACACUGCUCUCACUCUUAUUCAGGUACUUAAUCUACACCGAGUUUUAGCAGUGAGCAACCUUAUUUAUCUAUGGCUUAUUUUCGUAAAUUGGUUCCUAAAAAGACAAAGAUUACCACCAAAAUCCUAAACGUUUAGAAGCAGUUCUUCUCAACCUCAGAGUUUUGCUAUUUUAUGUUCAAUUCUCACGAUUAUUCAAUUAUAUUCUUUAGCUUUCUAUGUCUCUUUUUUUAACACUGGAUAUUUUUUGUAUCUUAUGAAUGUCAAUCUUCUCAGUUCAGGACUGUUCUUUGUUCGCACUCUGUUCUCUCUCUGACUUGUGUUAUGUGGCUUUUAUUCUGUGCCGAGCAUCAACGCACUUAUUCAAUAUAGUAUGGCUACAAAGCACCAACGCAACAAUGACUUACACCAAGCUGACCUCUUACAACACAUUCUUACAAGUGCACAAUACAGUGGUUUGGCUUUUAAACCGUGUUUUAAAGCCUCCACAAUCCUUCAUACAGUAUGUCGGUUUAUUUUCAGGUAUCCAUCUAGUGGCUCUCUUUGGCGCUAAUGGAGUUAGACACAACACAUAGGAAUGUGACAGUUCUGCCUUCAGUUCUUUUUACGCUUCAGGGAAAACGUUGUAAGCCUCUUUUACCGCUAGUAAAAGCAUAAAUGUCGGAGCUCAGCUGGACGUUGUAUGAUCAAAGCUGAAGAGCUGUAGAGCUAUGAAGGAACACAGAGUCAAACCGGGGCAGAAAGAUCUGCAGUUUUCAGUGAAAUUGUUCUUAUUUGUUCAUUGCCGUUUUGAGACAGCUACUCUUCUCUGCUGUGAUUGGUUAAAACCUCUAUAUGCUAUAUGUUAUGUUGCUUAGCGUCUGUGUUGCUGCACAAAGCUUGGUCAAUGCCAUGGAUUUCAGAAGUCUCCAGUAGACCUUAGAGUCUGUGUUUUACUAAGAACUAGUCAUGCAAAGUUAUGUAUUGGCCUGGUCGGGAACACAGGAGUGUAUUUGCCUAACUUGUGUACCUCUUACAACAAUCAAAUUAGUGACGUUUGGUGAGAACUGUGUUAAAACUAUUACAAAAUAAGUUGUAUACCAUGUUGUAAGAACUCUUAAGAUUACUUUUUACAUUCCUGAUGUUGGUUUAGGUAGUAACCUGAUGUUCUCGUGCUAUACAUAGCUCUGAUUGGUUUGGAAACAGCUUGUAAUAUUUGAGUAGACGCAGGAACUGUUGUCCAGGGGUUUGGGUCGAACAACAAACCGCCUAUUUUCUUCUGUCUCGAUAUUUGUCCUGCUGAGGUUUCUAACGUUUGAAAUCUCUCCUCGGUUCUUAACGGGUGGCUGGACGCCCCUCUGCAGGGCCUGCCGUGCCGUUUCCACUUUCCUGCUGAGAUUUCGUUUUUGGGUUUGACGAUAUACCUCAUUCCUUCAGUCCGGCGGGCCCUAGGGGGCGCUGUGCCGAUGCUCAGGACGCUCAAGCCCCCUCUCACGAUUUGGUCCCACUUGGACUGUACCUCUAACAAACUAAUAUAAACAUGCAUACACACAGGUUCUCCAAAUACCCAAAUGGACCUCAUUUUUUCAAUAUCUACUGUUUACAGAUUGACAAAAAAUUGUAUAAUUUAAAAAUAUUUUUCUCAUAUUGUAGUUUUAUUUAUGUACAAUAUUUUUUGUUCUUAUUUUGUACCUUGUGAAUUGGACUUUUAAUCUUCUAGGCUUAUAUUAUCGAUGUCCGUGUAAAUGAGCACUUAACAAGGAUCACAAUAAUUGGUUUUAGUUUGAUUGACUGCACUACUUUAUUUGUCUCCCUGUUUUGAAUGCUGAAUCUGAUAUUCUGAUUGGGCUAAUGAAUAAUGAAUUGUCUCAUGUCUGUGAUUUUUAUUUUGAGAAAAAGAUGAAAAAUGAUUUGAUUUCCUACUCUUUUUUUUUUUAAACUUCAUUUUGCAUUGAACGUCAGGCGACGCUGAUUAGAUCUGUCUUUGUGCAUGUGUAAAAUAUUUUACUGGUUAUGUUAUAUUCAAUUUGGUAAAAAAGAAAAUUGCCAUUGUUGCCACACAUUUCAGCUGUAAUGUUGUGUAAGGUAGUAUUCACUGGAUGCUAGAACCUUCUUUUCAAAACCACUAUUCUUCUAAUAAAUUUUGU